AAGAACUGGAAAGUCUUCUUUACUGCAAGCUAUUGUACUUUGAGUUUCACAGCAUCUGGUCUUGCUUUCCUGAUUAAAGAUGUUCCUAACUUGAAUUCAGUCUUUCCAUUUGUUAAAAAGAAGAAGAAGAAGAAUUUUCACAUUGCCUAUUCAUGACCUUUUGAAUCUCUAAGGAGAGAUGUUUGUAAGAUGUUGCUUCUCAGUGCUUGGAAUCCUGUCAGUCUUUUGGUGGUAAAUGAUACCUACAUUUGCAAGUAUUGUUAAAAAUUUAAGAACCUCUAUGGGUAACUCUUGGCUGAAAGAAAGCAUUUGUCAACCAUGGUAAAACUUGCAAACCCACUUUACACAGAGUGGAUUCUUGAAGCAAUACAGAAAGUCAAAAAACAAAAGCAGAGGCCUUCUGAAGAAAGAAUCUGCCAUGCGGUAUCGGCUUCUCAUGGACUGGAUAAGAAGACUGUUUCUGAGCAGCUAGAACUGAGUGUUCAGGAUGGCUCUGUUCUCAAAGUCACCAACAAAGGCCUUGCUUCCUACAAGGACCCAGACAAUCCUGGACGUUUUUCAUCCGUUAAACCAGGCACUUUUCCUAAAUCUGCCAAGGGGUCUAGGGGAUCAUGCAAUGAUCUUCGAAAUGUAGACUGGAAUAAACUCUUAAGGAGAGCAAUUGAAGGGCUUCAAGAACCGAAUGGCUCCACCCUGAAGAACAUAGAAAAAUAUCUUAGAAGUCAAAGUGACUUAACAAGCACCACCAACAAUGCUGCCUUUCAGCAGCGAUUACGACUGGGGGCCAAGCGUGCUGUGAAUAAUGGGAGGUUACUGAAAGAUGGACCUCAGUAUAGGGUAAAUUAUGGUAGUUUAGAAGGCAGUGGAACUCCAAAAUAUUCCAAUACUUUUCCAUCUUCCCUUCCUCCUGUCAGCCUUCUACCCCAUGAGAAAGACCAGCCUCGAGCUGAUCCCAUUCCAAUAUGUAGCUUCUGUUUGGGGACGAAAGAAUCAAAUCGAGAGAAAAAACCAGAAGAACUCCUGUCUUGUGCAGACUGUGGCAGUAGUGGACACCCAUCAUGUUUGAAAUUCUGUCCAGAAUUAACAACAAAUGUAAAGGCCUUAAGAUGGCAGUGUAUUGAAUGCAAGACAUGUAGUGCAUGUAGAAUCCAAGGCAAAAAUGCAGAUAAUAUGCUUUUUUGUGAUUCUUGCGAUAGAGGGUUCCACAUGGAGUGCUGUGACCCACCGCUUUCCAGAAUGCCAAAAGGGAUGUGGAUUUGCCAAGUCUGCAGACCAAAGAAAAAGGGAAGAAAACUACUUCAUGAGAAAGCUGCACAAAUUAAACGACGAUAUGCAAAACCUAUUGGACGACCGAAAAAUAAACUAAAACAACGAAUGUUGUCUGUAACCAGUGAUGAAGGAUCCACGAAUGCAUUCACAGGAAGGGGGUCACCUGGUAGGGGUCAAAAGACUAAAGUCUGUACCACACCUUCAUCUGGUCAUGCUGCAUCUGUGAAGGACUCAAGCAGCAGAUUGGCUGUUACAGACCCCACUCGGCCUGGUGCCACCACCAAAAUCACCACCACCUCCACCUACAUAUCUGCCUCUACACUUAAAGUUAACAAGAAAACCAAAGGGCUCAUUGAUGGCCUUACUAAGUUUUUUACACCAUCACCCGAUGGUCGCAGAUCACGAGGUGAAAUAAUAGACUUUUCAAAGCACUAUCGUCCAAGGAAAAAGGUCUCCCAGAAACAGUCAUGCACUUCUCAUGUGUUGGCUACAGAUACUGAAAUCAAAAUAAGCAUCAAACAAGAAGGUACAGAGGUAAAUGUGGUUGGAAGCAAGGAUUCUGUUACAGAAGAAGAUUUGGAUGUUUUUAAGCAGGCCCAGGAACUUUCCUUGGAGAAAAUAGGAUGUAAAAAUGGUGUGGAAUCCAAUGGACGGUAUCCUUCAGUAAUAGAAUUUGGAAAGUAUGAAAUCCAAACCUGGUACUCUUCGCCUUAUCCACAGGAAUAUGCAAGAUUACCAAAGCUUUACCUGUGUGAAUUCUGUCUUAAAUACAUGAAAAGUAAAAACAUUUUGUUAAGGCACUCAAAGAAAUGCGGAUGGUUUCAUCCUCCAGCAAAUGAAAUCUACAGAAGGAAAGAUCUGUCAGUAUUUGAGGUUGAUGGGAAUGUGAGCAAAAUUUAUUGCCAAAACCUUUGCUUGUUAGCCAAGCUCUUCCUGGACCACAAAACCUUGUAUUAUGAUGUCGAGCCAUUCCUUUUUUAUGUUCUGACAAAAAAUGAUGAAAAGGGCUGUCAUCUCGUUGGAUACUUCUCUAAGGAAAAGCUUUGCCAGCAGAAGUACAAUGUCUCCUGCAUAAUGAUCAUGCCCCAGUACCAAAGGCAAGGAUUUGGAAGGUUUCUCAUUGAUUUCAGCUAUUUGCUUUCUAGAAGAGAGGGACAAGCAGGAUCUCCUGAAAAGCCGCUGUCUGAUUUGGGUCGUCUCUCCUAUCUGGCCUAUUGGAAAAGUGUUAUUUUAGAAUACCUUUAUUAUCACCAUGAAAAACACAUCAGCAUCAAAGGAAUAAGCCGGGCUACUGGCAUGUGUCCUCAUGAUAUUGCCACCACUCUGCAGCAUCUCAGUAUGAUUGACAAGAGGGAAGAAAAAUUUGUGAUAAUUAGAAGAGAAAAACUAAUAUUAGGCCAUAUGGAAAAACUGAAAACCAAUGCACGUGUGAAUGAACUUGACCCAGAAAGUCUGAGGUGGACCCCAUUGUUAGUUUCUAAUGCUGCAGUUUCUGAAGAGGAGCGAGAAGCGGAAAAAGAGGCUGAACGUCUGAUGGAACAGGCUAGCUGCUGGGAAAAAGAAGACCAAGAAAUUCUAUCAACUAGAGCUAAUAGUCGGCAAUCACCUGCAAAAGUACAAUCAAAAAAUAAGUAUCUGCGGCCUUCGGAGAGCACACCCAUGACAGGAGACCGAGGGCAGUCCGCAGAGCCCACUAAGGAUAGCAGUGAAGAGGAAGAGGAGGAAGAGGAAGAAGAAGAGGAGGAAGAAGAGGAAGAGGAGGAAGAGGAAGAAAAUCACCGAAGCUCUCCUCCUCGGCUGACCAAGCCACAGUCACUCGCUCUAAAGAGAAAGAGACCUUUUAUACUGAAGAAGAAAAGGGGCCGCAAGCGUAGAAGGAUCAAUAGCAGCGUCACAACAGAGACAAUUUCUGAGACUACAGAAGUGCUGAAUGAGCCAUUUGAUAACUCUGAUGAUGAGCGGCCAAUGCCCCAGCUGGAGCCUACCUGUGAAAUUGAGGGAGAAGAAGAUGACCUGAAGCCUGCCCUUAGAAAAGUGUUCCAGUUUCAGUCUGGGAAACAAAGACAGACUGAGGAAGAAGAGAAAGACAAUCAUUGCUUUAAUAAUGAUGACCCUUGUAGGAACAACACAGAUAAUUCAAAUAAUUUAAAAGAAGACAGUGUAGACAAUCCAGAAUCUCUAAAGUGCAAACAAGCAUGGCCAAAAGGAAUGAAGCGUGGCCCAUCUAAAUGGAAGCAAAACAAAGACAGGAAGACUGGUUUUAAACUGAACUUGUAUACCCCACCUGAGACGCCAAUGGAACCUGACUACCAAGUAACAGGAGAAGAGCAGAGGGAACCCACUGAAGACAAACCAAGCCCCGUUCCUGUUGUGACAGAGGAGGAGGUAAAAGAAACUGAACAGCCUGUGCAGCCCCAAAAUGAACAUGGAGAAGAGACAUCUGUACCUUCCAGCCCUGAUAAAAUACCUUCUGAAAAAUCAGAGGAUGAUAUAAUGAAGCCUGAGGAGGAAGAAGAUGAAGAAAGAACUAUAGAAAGAGACUCAGACAGUGCUAAAAGUCAAGAAAGAGACCAAGGAGAGCUCUUUGUGGGAAAAGAGGAUCCAGAGCAUUUGGAGGAUCAUGAAGAAGAGGAAGAGGAGGAGGAAGAGCCCUCCCACAAUGAAGAUCAUGAUGCCGAUGAUGAAGAUGAGAGUCACAUGGAGGUCACAGAAGCAGAGAGAGACGAGCUCUCAGGAGAAGCCUUCAAAGAAGCAUUGGAGAGCCAGGAGACUUUUUUAGACCUAAGCGUUCAAACCGGUCAUUCAAACCAAGAAAACUUAAUGGACUGUGGCAUCGACCUGGCAGCUUCAUGUAGCAGUGAUGCCAAGGAGCUUCCUGCAGAUACAGAAAGUGUGCCUGAGUCCGAUGAGGGACAUCCAGAAGGACUGGCCGAGAGUCAGGACCAAAAGAAGAGUGAAGAUUUAAGCUCUGAAUUCAAAGAGGAAACCCCAGAAACCAUGGAGAUUGACUCAGAGACUGUUCAGGCAGUUCAGUCUUUGACCCAGGAAAACACUGGACAGGAUGACGCCUUUCAGGAGUGCACUGAAACUCAAGAGGCCUGUAGAAGUCUACAGAACUAUUCACAAGCAGACCAAAGCCCACAGAUCACCACUCUGGACGACUGCCAGCCGUCCAACCACAGCAGCCCUGUCUCAUCCGUCCAUUCACAUCCUAGUCAGUCAGUCCGUUCUGUUAAUAGUCCAAGUGUUCCCGCCUUGGAAAACAGCUACACUCAAAUCAGCCCUGAUCAAAGUGCCAUCUCCGUGCCAUCUCUGCAGAACAUGGAAACCAGCCCAAUGAUGGAUGUUCCCUCGGUUUCAGAUCAUUCACAACAAGUUGUAGACAGUGGAUUUAGUGAUCUGGGUAGUAUUGAGAGCACCACUGAAAAUUAUGAAAACCCAAGCAGCUAUGAUUCUUCCAUGGGCAGUAGUAUCUGUGGGAAUAACUCUUCACAAAACAGCUGUUCCUACAGCAGCCUCACCUCCAGUAAUCUGACACAGAGUAGUUGUGCGGUCACGCAGCAAAUGUCCAACAUGAAUGGAAGCUGCAGCAUGAUGCAGCAAACCAGUAUCAGUUCUCCCCCUACUUGCAAUGUCAAGUCACCUCAAGGUUGUGUGGGGGAAAGACCCCCCAGCAGCAGCCAGCAGCUGUCUCAGUGCAGCCUGGCUGCCAAUUUCACACCCCCUAUGCAGCUAGCAGAAAUCCCCGAGACUGGCAGCGCGAACAUUGGCUUGUACGAACGAAUGGGUCAGAGUGAAUUUGGGGCCGGGCAUUACCCUCAGCCAUCAGCUACCUUCAGCCUUGCCAAACUGCAGCAGUUAACGAAUACUCUUAUUGAUCAUUCAUUGCCUUACAGCCAUUCCGCUGCUGUAACUUCCUAUGCAAACAGUGCCUCUUUGUCCACACCUUUAAGUAAUACAGGGCUUGUUCAGCUUUCUCAGUCUCCACAUUCUGUCCCUGGGGGGCCCCAAGCACAAGCUACCAUGACCCCACCCCCCAAUCUUACUCCUCCACCAAUGAAUUUGCCACCUCCUCUUUUGCAACGGAACAUGGCUGCAUCAAAUAUUGGCAUCUCUCACACCCAAAGACUGCAAACUCAAAUUGCCAGCAAGGGCCAUGUGUCCAUGAGAACCAAAUCGGCAUCUCUACCAGCAGCUGCAGCAGCCCAUCAGUCGCAAAUCUAUGGGCGUGCUUCACAGACUGUAGCCAUGCAAGGCCCCGCGAGGACUUUGACAAUGCAGCGCGGAAUGAAUAUGAGCGUGAACCUAAUGCCUGCCCCGGCCUACAACGUCAAUUCUGUGAACAUGAAUAUGAAUACUCUGAAUGCAAUGAAUGGGUACAGUAUGUCCCAACCCAUGAUGAACAGUGGCUACCACAGUAAUCACAGCUACAUGAAUCAAACUCCCCAGUACCCUAUGCAGAUGCAGAUGGGCAUGAUGGGAACCCAGCCAUAUGCACAGCAGCCAAUGCAGACACCGCCCCACAGUAACAUGAUGUACACUGCUCCAGGACAUCAUGGCUACAUGAACACCGGCAUGUCGAAACAGCCCCUAAAUGGAUCCUACAUGAGAAGGUAGGCUAGGUGGGGAGUCGCAGGACCGAACUGGCAUCACUAUUGGAUUGAUCUGCACAAAUGUCUUUGGAAAGUACGAUUUCAAAACCAGCAAUUGGUGUGAAUGCAAAAACAUUUGUUGGCACCAUUUAUUUAAAAAAAAAAAAAGCUGUAUGCAGCAGAAAGCCUUAUCCACGCUGUUCUCCUUUGUUUCAUUUUCCUUUUUGUGGUACCUCUGUUUCUGUUCAUUUCAUAUGAAGUUCUCUGCAAAGGAAGGCCUCUCUCUCUGGACUGCAGUUCUAUGGCAGCCACUUGAUGUGCCUGCUCCCAUUUUAAUGAAUAAUGUGGAUGUUCAGCCCCCAAAUUAUCUGUUCUGAUACUGAACCUUUAGCUUUUUUUCCCCCCCUCUCCCCUUCAGCUCCAUGUAAAUGCCUUUAGCAUUUCAGUUAUUGUAUAUUUUGUUUAAGGUGACACUUCCGCAUGCCGCUAAGGUCUUUGUUAGUGACAGUGCAUUUCGUAGUACUGUACAAGUGUUGUGCUAACGGUAAGCCAUUUCUUAAGUUUUUUGCCUUGAUUAGGGUGCCCUAAUUUGAGGGUUUAAAAAAACUAUAUUUUUGUUAAUUAUAAAACUGUAAAAAGCUCUAAAGCUGUUCACAUUUUGUUAGUUGAAAGGGUUUUAUUGCUAAAUGUUUGGUGUAAAGUUAAGACCCUUUCCCAUUUUGGUGACAGAUUUCUUUGGGGAAAAAAAGGCAGCUUUCUGUUUUAUAAAUGCAGACUUCUGUUUAUGGAAUGAAGCAUAUCUCAGUGUUUAUCUGUCAAGUUUUGAAACAUUUCAUAUAUGUCCAAAUACUUGGCAGCAUUUAAAAAAAAAGUGAAUUUGGUGUAAAGUUGCUAUUUUAUGGAAAUGCCUCUAACUUUACAUUUUCAUUCCAUCUGUAGAUUUUUCUAUCUUUAUAAAAUAUUGGAGUUAUUUUUUAAGGAAAAAUAGAGCAGUAGCUUGUGAAUAGCCCAAACUAAGCUUACAAAUCGCAUGUAAAAAAGCAAAAAGUUAUUUGUGUCUGUUUAUAUUGCUUCCUUUUUUGUAGCCUUUGUACCUGUACAGGGUGACUGUAAGGGCCAAGCAGAAGAGGCGUAAUCCAUGUAUAAAAUAGGAGCCAGCAACACUCUUGUAUUUAUCUGUUCUCUUUUUAGUCAGUCACUUCAAAAAGAAAAAAAAAAGCUGUACAUUUUAACAUAAAAUAAAUUAUGAUGAGCCAUUUUUAGCCUCUUGUGUCUUGUCAUAUUAUGAUGAUUAACAGAAAAUGACCAACUGAGCUGUAUUGUUUGUUACAUCUCUGUAGCUUAAACACUGCCUUCAUCUCAGAACACAUACACAUUUGGGGAAAAUAACUUAUUUAGCAUAAAUUUGGAGUUCUGGGUUGUUGGGGUUUUUUUUUUUGUUUUUUAAAAUACCACUAAAUAAAAGUAAUAUCUAAUAAAAACGUGACAAUACCAAAUAUCUAUUUAAUAAAUUAAUUUAUAUGAAUUUUAAUGCUUUUCAUGAAAGAAGUUUAUUUUAUGCCAGUGCA